AUGGCUCGUACCAAGCAGACUGCCCGCAAGUCCACUGGUGGCAAGGCCCCACGUAAGCAGCUCGCCUCCAAGGCCGCUCGCAAGUCCGCACCAUCUACCGGUGGUGUCAAGAAGCCUCACCGCUACAAGCCUGGUACCGUCGCUCUCCGUGAGAUUCGUCGCUACCAGAAGUCGACUGAGCUCCUCAUCCGCAAGCUUCCGUUCCAGCGUCUGGUUCGUGAGAUUGCUCAGGACUUCAAGUCCGACCUCCGCUUCCAGAGCUCUGCCAUCGGUGCUCUCCAGGAGUCCGUUGAGGCAUACCUCGUCUCCCUCUUCGAGGACACCAACUUGUGYGCCAUCCACGCCAAGCGUGUCACCAUCCAGAGCAAGGACAUCCAGCUUGCCCGCCGUCUCCGUGGCGAGCGCUCUUAG